AAUGUUAUAUUUCAAGGAUUUUUGAUGGACGAACCAGAAUUCGUACACCGUGGAAUGCUGAUAGAUACUGCGAGAUACUUCUUGCCACUUGAUAUCCUGAAGAAACUAAUAGAUAGCAUGGCCAUGGUCAAGAUGAAUGUGUUUCAUUGGCAUAUUACAGAUGAUCAAUCAUUUCCCUUUGUCUCGACUACUUGUCCGGAACUGUCAAAGCAG